AGAUCGCUGGCGCAAAUAUCUUUUCUCCACGAUCCAGAACAAAACGUGGAAGUCGCAGUUCGCUUCCUUCCGACAGCAAGAAGCAUCCUCAUCAUUAUACCAAGACAACCAACAGUCCACCAACACAGAACCACCACCAACAUCAUCAUGUCUCCCCGUCGUAAACCCCGAGAUCCGCCAGCACCUAAACGUCGUUCCUUUGAGAUUCAGGUCCAGGACGAUGUUACCGUGGAGCCGGAUGACAUGCUUCCUCGCCUCAAGUCCAUUUCCCACUUGAUCCCUUCGCACGAGAAAGAACAAGAACCAAUCAAGUCAAUAUCCGUGGCCAGCGCCGAUACCGGGGUCACCCAAGUCAUCUCCAAUCAAAGUCCCAAAAAUAAUAGUACUAGUAGUCAAGAUGUUGGAAUGUCAGCAGCAGCAGCUUGCUCAGAUAGUAAAAGCAAGACUGAAGCCACGCGGAAGGAGAAUGGAUCCAAAGAAAUGGCAGCUCCAACACAAGACAAUACACUUUCCAAGGAGGACACGACAGCUCCCCCUAACACCCCUACCGGUACCCUAAUAGAAGAUAUCCAGGUGGAAAGAACAACAACAGCAAUACAUGUAGGCACGGACUCGGAAGAAACCACUGCGCAGAAUAUCGCCACACAUGAAAUGGAAGAAAAUACUGCCAAGACAACUGUUGCCAAACCAGAAUUGACAGAGGAUGCAACUGAUACUAUUGUUUCGGAAAAUGCUGCCCUUCAAGAGCCAAAUAUUUCUCAAACAAAAAGCGACAAAAUAAUAGAUACAGGUGACAAUAAUGAUCAGCCAACGGACUCGGCUGCAAACCAUGAAAUGGACCUCCAAGAGUUGGCGGCGGCUCCAGAUAAAGUUGCCACAAAUGAAGAAAACAACAACAAUCCCUACAAGAGAUCCAUCGAUGUCGACAUUGACGUGGACGAGCUAGCUGCUUCUGCGGCACUCGAUGUCGAUGACUGGGCCGUGGUGUUGGGUGUGGAUGACACUGGCAAUCAAAUUAUUGUUGAUCACGACAAUAAGGAUACAAAAGACAGCAAUAAUAGUGGUACCGACCGAGUCAGUGAUGCGUCUCAGGAGGAAGAUUGGAAUCAAGACAAUCAGAUCGAGGGCAGUUUUGACAGUGAUGAAGGGCGCGAAACACCGUACUCUGAUGACGAGGAAAGCAACAACAACACCAACGACAAGAACCAAAGCACCCAAAAAAGUAGCAUCCCACUCGACACAUGAGCCAAGCAAAUGACUUUGUGGACAUGGCAAGGAGUUGCCUGCGUCUUGUGCUAUCUCGAAAUACUAGUAAUGCACGUAAAAAGAAUUGGGCGUGAAUCCUGAGGAAUGGAAUCCAAAAGGUCCUCCUCUCCGUGGGUGCGCCAAAUAUAUUGUUGGCCCUGCUGUUAGAUACUAGUACAUUAAUCUUGCUAGCUAGCUCAAAUUAGGUCAAGCUU